AUGAAAACUGUAACAGGUUUUGGAAAGUGCUAUGAAAUGCUUGUCAAAGAAUUUAUUGUGAACAUCUCCAAGGAGUGUGACGACAAAAGGAGCAAGGAGUUUAGAAAAGUGUAUGUCAGAGGAAAAUGUGUGGAUUUUUCUCCUGAAAUAAUCAAUAGGUUCUUGGGUAAAAAUGAAGAAGAACAAGCUGAAAUUGAAGUCUCUGACAAUGUCAUCUGCAGAGAGAUUACUGCUAAGAAAGUGAAGGAAUGGCCAAGGAAAAGGAAACUGUUUGUUAGUGCCUUGAGUGUCAAUUAUGUUGUUCUCCACAGAAUUGGAGUUGCAAAUUGGGUUCCAACCAAUAACACCUCCAAUAUAGUUGUUGGGUUAGCUUUUCCAUUAUUAAUCUGUGGGGUUAUCCUAAUUCAACACCCUAGCAUCUUAAUCAACUCUGAUAGUACAUGCAAAAGGGACCCUCAUCUCUCAUUGCAUUAUAGGUUGUUCACUGAGAAACAUGUCCCAGACAUUAUCAUGACAUCUGGACAGACUCCUUCAAGGCCUACCAACAGAACAAGCAUUCUAGCUGAGCUGAAAGUCACAUGCAAGACAUUGUAUGAAACUAUAAAAAGAUGUAUUGAAAGGAAAAGUAAUAUUGAAAUGUUGAUUAAGGCUCUAUCUGAAGAAGAAGGAGAUUUGAAAAAUGAUGGAACAAAUGAAGAAAAGGAAAAUGAAGAUGGGGCUGAUACAAGUGAUGAUGAAGAUGUUACCAGCAAUGACGAAGAUUGA